AUGGCAAUGUCUCUCAUCCGAGCGUGCCGCAGUCUGGCUCUCUCAACAUGGCUGCUUUCCUUUUGUUUCGUGCAUCUGCUCUGCCUGGACUUCACCGUGGCCGAGAAGGAGGAAUGGUACACCGCCUUCGUGAACAUCACCUACGCCGAGCCCGCGCCGGACCCCGCGGCCGGGGGGGCGGGCGGCGGCGCCGAGCUGCACACGGAGAAGACGGAGUGCGGGCGCUACGGGGAGCACUCGCCCAAGCAGGACGCCCGCGGGGAGGUGGUCAUGGCCAGCUCGGCCCACGACCGCCUGGCCUGCGACCCCAACACCAAGUUCGCCGCCCCGACCCACGGCAAGAACUGGAUAGCCCUCAUCCCCAAGGGCAACUGCACGUACAGGGAUAAGAUCCGGAACGCGUUCCUGCAGAACGCCUCCGCCGUGGUCAUCUUCAACGUGGGCUCCAACAACAACGAGACCAUCACCAUGCCCCACGCAGGUGUGGAAGACAUCGUGGCCAUAAUGAUUCCUGAGCCGAAAGGGAGGGAGAUAGUGAGCCUGCUGGAAAGAAACAUCACCGUGACGAUGUACAUCACCAUCGGAACCCGGAACUUGCAGAAAUAUGUGAGCCGCACUUCGGUUGUGUUUGUCUCCAUCUCCUUCAUUGUCCUGAUGAUCAUUUCCCUCGCAUGGCUGGUCUUUUAUUACAUCCAGAGGUUUCGGUAUGCAAAUGCCAGGGACAGGAACCAGCGCCGACUGGGAGAUGCAGCAAAGAAAGCCAUCAGCAAGCUCCAAGUCAGGACCAUCAAGAAGGGUGACAAGGAAACAGAGCCCGAUUUUGACAACUGCGCCGUUUGUAUCGAAGGGUACAAGCCCAAUGACGUUGUCAGGAUCUUGCCCUGCCGGCAUCUUUUCCACAAGUCCUGUGUUGACCCCUGGCUUCUAGAUCAUCGCACCUGCCCCAUGUGCAAGAUGAACAUUCUUAAAGCCCUAGGGAUCCCGCCCAAUGCCGACUGCAUGGACGACUUGCCCACCGACUUCGAGGGCUCUCUGGGAGGGCCACCAACCAACCAGAUCACAGGCGCAAGCGACACGACAGUAAAUGAAAGUUCAGUCACUUUGGACCCUGCUGUCCGGACUGUGGGAGCUUUGCAGGUGGUCCAGGAUGCAGACCCCACGCCCCAGGAGGGAGAAGUUAUCUUUACUACUAACAGUGAGCAGGAGCCAGCUGUAAGCAGUGAUUCUGACAUCUCGUUGAUUAUGGCAAUGGAAGUUGGACUGUCUGAUGUAGAACUUUCCACUGACCAAGACUGCGAAGAGGUGAAAUCUUGA